AUGGCGGCGCCAAAUGAUGACAUCGAAAUGGAAAAGAUUGCUGAAGAUGAACUGUCUAAAUUACAGCGACAGUUUCGCGUAAUGGAGUUAGACCGAGCGACUGUGACAAGCAGUGUCCAGCCAACGUUGAGGGUUCAACGUAAUAUGAUAAGAACUCUUACUAUGGAACUUGACAACAUCAUCACUGAAUUACGUCUGACAAAAAGCACGUCGAAUCUUCUAGAGAACGCGCGUGUUAAAGAUAGAUUGAUAUUACUUCUGAAGGAACACGAGAAAUGUUCAACAGAGGUCCAAGAACAUCGCGCUACAAUCAACGAGCUAAACUUCUUAUUGAAACAGGUCCAGAAAGAGAUCAAACAACUUAGGGCUAAAGGCGUUGGAUUCGAAAAAGACUAUGCCAUCACACUAACCAAUCAGACUCUCAGCAGUCAGCUCGAGAACAGACUGAACACAGCCAUGAAGAAGUUCAAUUCUGUUAACAGUGACAAUUUCAAUAUGCGACUAGAAAUAGAUCGUCUUUUAAGAGACAGGCAGUUCUUCAACAGCCUGUGGAGAGGACAGAUCAGGAGGCUGAUGGAAGGAAAAGCCAGGAUCCUUGAGUUGGUAGAAGCGGCAAUAGCUACGUACGAACAACGAGAGGAGUGGUGCGGAAAGUUAGACGCUCUGAAGGAAAAGGCAGCCUUGGACUAUCGGAAACAUUGUCUUGAGGUACGCGAGUUACAGCGGCAGUUAGACCACAGCUUGAAGCUAGAAGAGUUCCUCCGUACCAAGGGAACAGUUCGACUGACGGCCGCAGACGCCAGGGAGGAAGCAAGGAGGAUUGAGCGACAGGAAAACGAUAUACGUAUAUAUAACAAUUACGUGAACAUACUAGACGCUAUCAAAGAAUAUACUGGAGAGGAGGAUGUGGACAAAUUAAUCCAGGAAUUUACUCGUCGUGAGGAAGAAAAUUACGCGCUUUUCACUUACAUCAACGAAGUUAACACUGAGCUGAAGCAUCUUAGUGAUAAUGUUAAAAUGUUGAAGUCUAGUAUUGAGGAGGAGCAUGCUAAGCAGCAAGCUAAGCUGUUCAAGCAGCAGGAAUCAGCUGAUAACCUGCGGGCGACUCUGCAGCAGAGAAGAGUACAGGCGGACGCCCUACACACCGCCUGCCAGAGAACCGAGGCCGCGGUGCAGACAGUACUGGACAGUGUCAGGGAGUUGGCUGUUUCAUCAGAGUGUGAUUCUCUGCCGCUGCUAAAAUUGUUGGGGAAAUCUUUGAACAUAAACACCACCAACGUCCGUCUAUACAUCAAGAGCUUGGAGAAAAAAGUUGUCGAAAUGGUGGAACAGAUCAAGUUUGAUGAGAGCGUCAAGUCGGCUGAGAGUAAGGAGCGUACGCCGCCAGCAUCACGACGAAGGCGACGGAAUCAACACAACACACAAACACCACCGGCACAUGCCAUCACAGCACACUCAUAG